CGUGUGUUUACUGGAAGGAGCUCCGACUGGGGGCGGGGCCUUACGAACAUCCAGCUCAUUGGAGAAACAACCUCCUGUAACCUUCCUCCGCGCACACACGGGGCCGCACACACACGGGAUCUCUCCGGCUGAUAGCAGCGCCGCCGCAUUCCUCCGCUCCGAAAACAAACCCACACGCUCUCUGGAUUCGUCCUUUUUGGAUUUUAAUGCCUGAGUUAACAAUACAGCUAGCACUACUUUCGAGUAGUUUGCCUAUUUACUCCUUCGGUGACGAGCGGCCGCGGCUCCGGGCUGAAAAUAUCCGCAAGGUGCUCUCUCCCAGCCCCUCUCUGGAUGCAUCGGACUCCUCUGCCCCGGGGCCCUGGACCCGGUGUGUGACCCCGACACCUCCCCCCCUCCCGCCGUCCGAGUCUCCCCCCUCUGCGUCCGGCGCCUCCCCGCCUGUCGGCGCCCAGGCUCCGGUUCUCGGCCCCCUGCCUGGCGACCAGCAGGCAGAGGCAGGGGGCCAUGGUGCCAUGGUAGCCUUCGGUGGACUGAACCCCCCCGCCAUGAGCGGCGCGCCCCCUCCGGUGGGCCGGGUUCAGGGGUCAGGCUUUAGCCCGCAUCACUACAAGACCUUCCAGUCCAACGAACAGUACCAGCAGGUGAUACGCGCGCUGCACAAGCUCCAGAAAAGCGGCUUCUACUGGGGGCCCAUUGGGGGCCGGGAGGCCAGCAAGGUACUGCGCUCCGAAAGCCCCGGCACUUUCCUGGUCCGCGACUCCUCGGACCACCACUACUUCUUCACCCUGUCGGUGCAGACGGCUCGGGGGACGAGGAACCUGCGCAUCCACAACGAAGGGGGGGGAUUUUUCCUGCAACCGGAUCCUCAGAACACCCAAGAGCUUCCGCGCUUUGACUGUGUGCUCCACCUCAUAGAGCACUACAUGGGGAUAGGGCCGGAGAACAGAGGCGAGGGGAAUUCGGGAGAGGCGAAAAUGAAGAGCCACACUUCUUACUGGAUCCACUCGGACGGAGAGAAAAUGCCCCUGGAGUUACUGCGGCCCCGCGUGAUGUCCUUCAUGUCCCUGCAGCACAUAUGCAGGCGGACGCUGAACAGUUGGGGUCUGUCGGUAACCGCGGAGCCCAAUCAUCUCCCCCGCUCACUUCAAGAAUUCCUGGAGGAGUACGAUUCUCCCAUAUAGCUGACGGGAACUGCAGGGGGGGGGGGGCAGCUGGACGUCAGCACGGAGCAGUUCUCAGCCCCAGAGCAGCUGUGCCACCAGAGGACUGACCAGACCGAUUCUCAGAUACUAAUCUAUACAGUCGGCUUUCCAAAGUGGCCUGAAUCACCUGAUUGCAGAGACUGGACGCUAUCUGCCUAGAUUUGGAUGAGAAGGUGUGAUUUGUUUUUUUAUUUUUCUAAAACGUGUAAUGUUCUUUUAGGUGAUCAGCUAUAACUUCAUCCAUCCUGCUUUGGAAGAAACUGACCACUAGCACGAGUGUCAGAGGUCAAAGGCCAACAUUUCCUAUGACUGACUCAGACGCAGAGCAAUGCCUCGUAGAAGAUUAACCUGACCGGUCGACGCAAACGAUGACAACCAAGACGUGAACAGUGCACCACCGGGGAUCUUUGUGGGUGUAACGUGCUCAAGGCAAAAAAAAAAGAAAAAGAAUAGAACAAACCUCCUCUUUCAGCGUGUCCUUUACUACACUUUGGAUCGCUGGACACAAAUGACUGACGGCAAAGAGCCGAAAGGCUGGGAGGGAGUGAAAGAAGGAGGAGUUACAGAGAAAAGGCAAAGUCCAAAUGAGGGGCCCAGCACUCAGUAUUUGUUUGUCUGAGUGUGUUCGUGUGUUGUGGUUGUGCACAUAUUUCCAUAGCUGUUCCCGCAAAUGUUGCCACAUCGAGGGGAGUGGGGUAGUCAUGCACGCUAGCUCCACACACACACACACUCACACACACACAUGCAGGUACAGGCCCACAUGAAUGUUCUGUUGGCGUGGAACAAAAAAAACAAAAAAACAAAAACCAUCACAAAGCAUUUGCUCCUUCUGUUUGUGUCCCAUUUUGUCUUCUGUUCUAUACCCUGCCCUCUUUUCUUUCUUUUUUUUUUUUUUUUAUCCCCGCCGGCUUUGACGGCGAAAGAAAAGAGGCCCGCGUUUGCCAAAAAAAAAGCGGCCGAAAAAAAAAAAAGCUCCAGCGUGGGACCAAACGGAGCAGCGGCAGGGCUCAUUUUCUCCAAACCGGGUAGAAAAAAACUAUUCCCCCACGCCGGACAGCUCAUUGGGGAUUGAAGAUGAUGAGCUCGGAGGUGGGGAAGAGGUUGCUGAGGGUGGGAAAAGGGUUUGAGCUGAGGGAGAAAGAGGAGCGGGAAAUGGGAUUAGGAAAGGGAAAUUGAAGAGGAUGGAGAACUGGUGAUGGGAAGGAGAGAAGGGGAGGAGACAUACUGGUAUACAGCUUAACAAAAACAUUGAUGUAAUUGAUGAUAGAGUUUAACGGGACGCUGUUCCUGUAAAUAUAGCAGCCAGCGCGAUAAAGAAAGCGCAGGCUGAGUCUUAACUCUGUUUUAGGUUUUCUUAGAUUAACGUUGCCAACUCGUGUAUUUUUUUUUUGUUGAGAUGCCCUUGUGUGUUUGAAUGCCUGUAUUGUUUCCCUCCUGGUUUUUCUCACACCAUUUCUGAAGGAGGCAAUAAGCUGUUAUUUGGACUGUUUUUUUUUCUCUAACUUUUCCCUUUCGCCCUGUCGACCCUCCAUCGUCACCUCUGAAACAGGAGCGAACAGUUGGGUUUGUCUGGGACCUCCAGACUGUCCUAAAGUCACUCUUUAAAAUGGCCUUUUGUAAAAAAACAAAAAACAAAAAAAGCAAGACUCAGAUUUGUCCAGUUUUGGGUUUGAUUUGUUCCCCCGUUUGUCCCAUGGUCAUGCUCAGCUGGGAUCCAGAUGGGACUAAUUACCUCGGUGUGUCUGCUUUAGGCCUACAUCGCAGCCCGGAGACACCUUUCCUCUUUUUUUUGGGGUCAGAUCUGGGUCUUCCGCUCUCACAUCAACACCGACUUCUUACGUGUGCUGCGGCGGUGGACCAUGUGUUUGUGAAUCAUUUGUCUUUUAUAAAGACUCUUUUGCAAAAGGCUGGCCACUAGUCUGGCAAAAAAAAGCAAGCUGUAAUAUCUGAAAUGGCAAAACAUUACAAAAUCAAUGAAAAGGAGCAUUGCACAUAUUUAUAUUUCUAAAAUAUUUCAAUAAUUUAUAUUAAAGAGCACUAUUUUUACAAAAGCCAACGCAUUUGCCCUGUGUGUUACUUCACUGUUUGCUUCUCUGCCUCCUCCACCGCUUCUCUUUUUCUCCCGCUGAGUCAAUAUUGACCGGAUUUGCUCUAACUUACUGUAAUGUAUCAUAAAGUAGUCUGUAUUCCAGCAAUUCCUGGCUUUACAACAAGAUUAUUUACUGACAAAUGGGAUUUCCUAGUUAAACAAAGCAGGGUUUAUUUAGUUGGCCGGCUCGGAGAGCUCUGGCUUGCGUUACAAGAGGCAGCGCGAGACUUGCCCUCAUUCGUCAUGUAAAAUUACCGACGAGCGUCACUUAUUUGAUCUGGUCGGGGCCAGCGCGGGUGCCCUCCGUACACAUCAGAGGCUGUUUGCGAAAGGGCCGGCUCGGCCGUACCGCUAGCUAAGGUGCCCGUCAGGCCCGAGACAAAGGGAUUCCCAGAAGCGGCGGGGUUUGGUAACUCCCAUCGCACGUGUGCACACAACCUUUGACACAGCAGUUACUGUGCGCAGGGCCUCGCUCUGGGCCGGGGCUGACUGGAAAGGAAUGCAGUGGGGUUUUUAUACAUCCUGCCUGAGGGGCUUGAGAGAGGAUGGUGUCCUCUGGGGGAGAGCCUACGUGUGGAUGGAUGGAUGUGUGCGGGUUCGCCGGGUCAGAUAGGUGAAAGCAUCCACGUGGAGGAGAUUUAUGAGCCCCCCAGCCUGAGUGCAGGUUUGGUCAGCCGUGGUAGCCGUUGGGCAAAUUAAGCAGGAGGAGAGUUUUUCUUCAUUUUUUUUUUUUGCCCCGCCACCACCCCCUCCUCUCUCUCUCUCACACACACACACACACACACGCACAGUUCCCAUUCCCUGCAUACCUUGUGCUCUGUCUGAGGCUGGCUUCCAGGAAAGAGGCACUUUAAUUGAGUUGAGUUUUUACGGCUUGCCUGGUGUUAGAGUACGUACGAGAAGGAGCGAACGACUCGUCUUUGUGUGAGCGAGCGAUUGCGUGUGAUAGAUGGGGGAGAAUGUCUAAGAGAAAGGUUCAUUUCAGGAAAAAGAUAUCACUCCAAAAGAAAAAAAGAACACUCCAUAAACAUCCAGAUAAAAAAUUCAAAUUUGAAGUAAAUUGGAGGUAUUAAUGUGCCAAAUAUACUAAUAAGAAUACAUUAUUAGCAUGUUUGGACUUUUUUUUACACACAUCUUCGUCAGCUCGAGGCUGAGAAAAGUUUUUCAGGUUUUUAGGUAGUAACCAUUUAAAAUGUUCGAUCCUUUGUUUUGUAUUUGGUUGAACAAGUCGGCCUGUGUGUUUUUGACAGUAACUGAGCCGGCACUUACGGACAGAAAUGACUCGGGUCGAAAGACAGAAACAGACAUGAGUGAGCCUUCUUCCCAAAAUCCAACCAGAACAAUCCAGUUUUACACACAAACACAUUGUCUAAAUAAGCCAGCUCAGCGCACUGUGUGACUCAUUUUAUGUUCCCCAUAGUUGCCUGGUGAGUCGGACUGGAAUAUUUUGCCUGUAUCCUUCGCUCCUCUUGCGAAUCUCACGCGCUCGCACAGAGUUUUUCCACUAUGAUUCAUUUUUUCAGAUCGCGACUGGCUGUGUCCAUUUCAGCAGUUGUCAACAGCGUCCCCGCCAAGCACAACACCUCGGCUCGGGAGGGUUUUUUUUUUCUUCUUUUUUCCAACAAUAAAAACAUUCACUCCAAAGUACCAACCCUGACUAAUUUAUCUGCAUGCCCCGAUGCAGCGCAAAGAAUGAGAGGCAAGUCGAGCUGUGGGAACACUGUUGGACUAAUAAUGUUCUUGGAGCCUG